AUGCCACUGCAGGCUUGCACCAUCCCCCCACAUUGGGGGGAUGGGUUCAAGGCCAGCCAUACCAACCUCUUCUAUCCCGCUACCUCAAUCAAUCUUGCCAAGCUGGCCAAUGACCAUGCCGUCAGGAAAGACAACCUUGUCAUUGUCAAGGCUGAUCUUGGCAAGGUUGUACACGACCAUGUCUUGAUCAAGCAGGUCAUAAAGUUCCAGACCCAGCAGCAGGAACUACUUCAAGCCCUGCCAACCAACAGUAUCCCCCCACUUUGGGCCCAGCUGCUGGAAUCCUCAACCAUGCCAUUGUCACUGCAACUGCUCUCUCCCAAGUCCCACUGA